UAUAUAUUCUAAAAUAGUUGUAGACACAGCUUGCAGGUACAUAGGGAUCUAAUCUACAGCAUCACAAUUCAGAGAGCUAUAAAAGGGAUUAAUUCAGCUUGUUUAAUUGAACUAUUGCCACUAGAUAUCCGGUGCUGGAUGCAGUAAAAAUGGAGAAAACAUCUCAAUAAAAGACACUGAAAAACUAAGGCUGGAAUAUAAAGCAGAAAAGGUCGCUAAAUUAAAGACGGGCAAUCUUCACUGAUCAGAGUGCCCUGUGGAAGAAAUGACAAUGUAGUUAUGAAAUCAAUACUAGCCAUGAUUAAUCUGUAGUCCACAAUUUGGAGAGUGAGCAUUGAAAUUCCUGUGAAAAGAAUUGGAAAAAAAAGUUCAUCUUAUAAAGAAGCUCAGAAGAAAAGAAAUUAGUUCAUUCCAAGAAUGAAAAUGACAAAUUCUUCAAAAAUGCCCAAUCUGACAUCCUCCUCUGAAGCUCAAAUGCCAUCAUCUGAACAAAAUUAUGAACCCCGGGUUUCAGGAGCGGAAUCCGAGUUGAAAUUGCUGGAACUUCUGUUUCAGGUGUAUCUUCCACCUGUUCUCAUCAUCCUAGGAACUGUUAGCAAUUGUCUGACCAUCUUCAUAAUGAAAAGGAAAAACAUCCGCCAGUGUUCCAUUAGUUUUUACAUUACAGCCUAUGCCUGUAGCUCACUGCUUAUGCUUUACCUCUUUCUGGGAACAGAGUGGAUCACUAAAAUCUUCAACCAAAAAUCUUUGGAUGAAAAAGCAGACUGGCUUUGUCGUGUAUGGCAAUUCAUCAGCAGAGUUAUCUCCUAUUCGGGAAUUUGGUUUGUGGUGGCCAUGAUGAUUGACCGCUUCGUUGUUAUAUGGCAUCCCAAACAAUUCUCUUCCCUGUGCACAAUCUUCAUGGCCAAAUUUGUAGCCAUUAUCAUUUUUGUUGGUUUAGUGGUCAUAAGCAUUCAUGCCAUGUGGACUUUUGAACUCAUGCACAACUCUGGUUGUUAUCCUUACCACCGAGAAAAUGACAUCCAUUCCUUGAUCUGGCCGUGGGUGGCCGCAAGCUUCUACUCCUAUAUUCCACUAGCACUGAUCUUCAUCUUCAAUGUGUUGAUUUUCACUGGAAUUUGCUUGAAAAGACCUUUUAAGGCUCAUCAGACACGGGAGCAUCACUCCUUGCUUUUUACAUAUACAACACUGGGCACCUCCAUGUUUUACUUUCUUCUUGUGAUGCCUGCGACCAUUAUCAAUGUUGUGGACAUGACAUACCCACCAUCAUGGCUACAUGACUAUGAACUCAUGAUACAAUUGACAAAGGCCCGUUUUACUGCUCACUACAUGGCUUGGCUCAACACAACCAUCAUCUUUUUCAUGUGUUUAUUUUUCUCGCGGACAUUUCGUUUGGAAUUGUGGGAUAUGCUGUGCUCAGUUUGUUGUAGACAUCGCCGAAGAAUAUAUGAACUUCAGUCUGGGUCCCAAAGUACCCAUCUUAAUGAAACAGACUCUUGUAAUGAAACAACACCUCUUUAGCAAGUUGUAAGUAACUAAAAGGAAUCUUAAAGUAAGCUUAUGGUAAAAAUAUUUUCAAAUUAUGUGAAAGUUUACUUUUUAUAUUUUUGAGCUUUUGUUUUUGUUGAAUUAUUACCCAACUUCAUUGAUUGUUGAUGUGAAACUUACCACCAAUGA